AUGAAUUCAUCCAGUGUGGUUUACGAUGUGAAGACAUGGCCAAAUACAGUUGCAGCUAUCAUGCUUACUUUGAGCUCAUUCCUUGGCAUAGUCUUCAACUAUUCGAUAAUCCGAAAUUUUUUCUCCGACAAGAAACAAAAGUCAGCAUUCAACAUGAUUUGCACUUUCCGUGCCUCCAACAAUCUCUUCAUUCUUAUUAUUGUCAUGCUCGCUAUUUAUGUUCCGGCGAGUAUCACAGGCUACUCGUACUACCCUCCUCUACUGGAAAGCAUAAUUAUCGCAUUCGGUACCAAUCUGAUGAUAUACAAUGAGUUCCAAAGUAUUUACACUGCUGUGAAUCGUCUGUUUGCUAUCACGUUUCCUUUAAAGUACAAUGUCAUAUUUGGGAUCAAGGUGACUUUGGUUCUUCAUAUCUUGUACUACUUGGAUCGGAUAAGGAAUGUUGCGAUGGAGCAUGUUGAGAGAUAUCAAAACUCUAACUACCUCCUAUUCUCCACCGAACAUCUCGCUUACGGUGGUCUAAUGGUUGCACCUGAUGGAAUGUUCAAAAUAGCACUGGCUCUUCUUGUAUUCCCAUUUCUUAUAAAUGCAGUCACUUUUGUGCGGUUUUAUUAUUUGAAAAAGAGAACAAGCCGAGAAUCUGAGCAUUGGAAGAAGGCAAAAGAAAAUAUGGUUUUGUUCGCUCAGACUGUACUUCAAGAUUCAUUGUUUUCGAUUACGGUUAUUUUCACGAUGAAGUUGAACACUAUGAUGAACCAUCGUUUCUGGACAUUCUUCUGCCAAACCUAUGUUUGGCAAAUCAUUCAUGUACUCGAUGGAUUUAUCAUGCUGGUCUUCAAUGACAAAAUCUCCUUAUUCAAAAAGCCGGCUUUCACCAAAGUCAGCCCGGCUCUAACUGGAAAACAAGUCCCAGAGAGGAACACUUCUACAGUGGUUGUGGCUAGACCGAUUUCAUAG